GCUUGUUAGAAGAAAAGAAACAAGAAACUAACACAAAAAAAAGUUUUACUGUUUGAAAUUCAGGACAUUUCAAGAAGUAAAUGAAACUUUGUUAGGGUUAUGUUUUUUGAUUACUGUUGCAGCUUUUUUACUACAGCUAAUAUAACGUCACUCCUCUUUUAUUCUAAUUUAACACAAACUUAUUCAAAUUGCGUGAGCUGACUAAAGUACAUGCCGAAUCACGAUAAGGUUAUCUAAUUGCCUUCAAUGAUAACGAUCGUCAAGUGGGCUGAGCAAUUAUAAAUAAUUGAGACAGACGUGGUCUGAAGCCGGUAUGAGAUAGAGCUUAUAGAGCCUCGAUCAUUUUGUAGUUGGAUUUUAAUUCUAAAUCGAAAUAGAAGUCAUGGCUUACAUAGUAGACCUCCGUUCUGAUACUGUGACGAAGCCUACUGAAGCGAUGAAGCAUGCUAUGGUGAACUCCGCCUUGGGGGAUGAUGUUUAUGGUGAAGACCCCACAGUAAAUGCACUGGAGAGCAAAAUUGCUCACAUGCUCGGCAAGCAAGCAGCUCUUUUUGUGCCUUCAGGGACUAUGGCCAAUCUUAUAGCCAUAAUGGUACAUUGCAACAAGAGGGGCUCUGAAGUUCUCGUUGGAGAUCGUUCACACAUCUUCUCUUAUGAGCAAGGUGGAGCGUCACAUCUUGGCGGCGUGCUGUUAACGAUACUGCAGAACAAACCUGAUGGCACCUUCGACUUGGAGGAGGUGGAGAAGCGGGUACGUGACGGCUCCGACGUCCAUAUACCCACCACCACGCUGGUGGCCAUUGAGAACACACACAACUGUUGUGGGGGAAAGGUGCUACCUUUAAAAUGGCUUGACGAUAUCGCAGCACUGUGCAAGAAGCACUCCAUUGCGCUGCACAUGGACGGAGCCAGACUCUUCAACGCUGCAGCGUACAGCGGAGAGAAGCCGAGCAGGAUCGUGAGAGACUGCGACAGCGUCAGCGUGUGCUUCAGCAAGGGCCUGUCCGCGCCCGUGGGCUCGGCGGUGGUGGGCUCCUACCAUUUCAUAGACCAAGCUCGGCGUAUCCGCAAGAUGUUGGGCGGGGGGAUGCGGCAGGCGGGGGUGGUCGCGGCCGCCGCCAUCGUGGCUCUCGACGAAGUGCUCCCGAUGCUGGCGUUAGACCACAAGAGGGCGCAAAUUCUGGCCAAAGUAAUCGAGGGUCUAUUCCUGAAGAGCUUCAAGGUGGAACCAUGUCAGCAACACACGAACCUAGUGCUGGUCAGUCUGCCGCCGCACAGCGCCCUCUCCGCCAACUUGGUGCUGCAGCGGCUCAGACAAGUCUGUCUGGCCGAGACCCAGGGUGACUGCAAAACGCCAAACGACGAGGGCGUGAUCGUAAAAGCCAUAGAGUUCAACAGCAAAACCAUAAGGUUCACGUUACACCGGGAGAUCACAGACGAAGCACUAUGGUUGGCCAUCAUGAAGAUCACAUACGUAUUUAAAGAGCUCGACGCUAAGUACCAAGAGAAGUAGAUUUGACACGCUUUUAUCGAGAAAAUACGAUUGGCGUGUUUAUUACGACACGCUUGUCGCAUAUCUGUAAGUGAAAUGAUAUUUUACUGUUACUAAGACACUAUUAGCCGCACACAUCAUAUUUUUAUCAAUUUAUUUUAUUGUUUAGCGAAAAACACUCGAAUGUAUGUGAGAAUGUUUGUUAUACCAUUUGGCCGCAAUUGCCGCAAAAUUUAUUUUAGUGUAGUCUCAUAUAGUUCUUCAGAUUUAUGUGGGUAUAUUCUGGAAUAGCAGAUACCUUCUGGGUACUUUUUACCCAGAAUUUCCCACGGGGGCGAAGUGUUAGUCCCAAAAUCUAAAGCAGGAUUGCUGCGAGUGUCAAUUAGAUAUACAUACAUAAAUAGGUAAGGACGGAACAAGAAGUAUAUAAUAAUUUAACAAUGUAUUUUCUAUAUAAACGUAUUUAUGACGUACCCCAGGUUACCUUAUGGACGGUUUUUUUGUGUUUUUAUAUAGAUUUGAAUAAUUUUUAAGUAGCAAAUUACAUAAAUGUGAAAAUUUACCAUUGACCACCUUCACAUCUAGACGUGACGUCACAUCUAGAUGUUAUUUUAUUUGCUCAUAAUGUUAUGUAUAAUAUAUAUGUUGAGAUUGUGAUACAAUAUGUAAUAAUUAAUUUUACACCUCGACAGUGUGUGGACA